AGAGCUUCGUAGUUUUUUACCAUCUGUUUAAAUUUUUUUGUUUUUGUUUUAUUUUUAAAGAAUAUAGAUAAAUCCAAGACCUGUAGUGAGAAGAGGUCUCUGAGUUGUGCCGUAAACAGUAAAUUUAAUUUGCAUUCAUUUCUAUUCUGUACGCCAACCUGCUGUCUAAUUUCUCCGUACAAAGUAGCCCUGAAACAUUAUGAUGCAUAUUUCUGCAGCUUAAUCAUUGUAACAAUAGUAAGGGAUUAAGAGUUCGUGACUGCAAGAAUCUCGCUUUUCGCGAUGUUGGGCUUACUCACUACUAUCUUUUUACCUCAAAAAAAUAAAAAAUAAGAAAGCGGAGCCAUAGGGUGGGGCUAGACUUUCUUCGGGAACUAACUUCUAAGUAAAUAAGAAGUGUAAAUAAGAAUCUUGCACACACACAAAAAGUUGAGGUUAAAUUACAAUCUCGUGGCUGGGGGAUCGAGAAAAAUGUCAGAGGAUCGGUUGCAGAAAACUGUAAGCACAUCAUGCGGGAGGGGGUACAGCGUGGUGGGCGUAUUGUUGGCAAGGAACGGGAGAGAAAGAUGUAUAAUUUAAUGGUAUAUACAAUCCACUGAUCCUAUUACCGUCCUCCCCGGAGCUCUUGUUAGUUUCAAUGGGAGUGAGUGAAAUUGACAUGGACUUGCAUUCCUGGUCAUGUGCUUUUUUUUCCUUUCUUUCUUCUCCUGUGAUCUGAGAUCCCCUUUUUGUUGAUGUUGCUUUCCCCCUUAAUUAUAUGCAUGUAGGUUAAAUGAGUACCUGACGAAAGGGCCCACGUUUCAAGGCAGUGACAUUUGAUAGCUGAGAGGAAAAGUGGCUUUAAUGAAAAGCAACCUUUGGAAUUCCUGCUUGUGAGAAAUCCAAUUCAGCUUUUUGUGCUACCAGCAAGAAAUGAUCAGUAGCACCAGUGUUUAUGGUAUGUCAGUUUUGGAAUUUCCUUCCUUUGCAUUUAAAUAGGGAAGACAAAUUAAAUAGCAUGAUAAAAACCAUUGGAGACUGCUUGGGAACCAGAUGCUCGUGAUGUCCAAUUCUUUUUAAACAUGUCGAUAUCUGUUUAUUUUAAUCUGUCACUAUGCUUUUUUUCCCCGUAUUUUCUUUCACUUGUUUAUGCAUUUCAGUUUUAUUAAUAGAUUACUUGAGGACACUUUCAUUGGUUUUAGUUCGAAUCUUGAAGUUGCAUGUUUCUAUUAAUGCUCUCGACAGGGUGAAGUCAAAUGGUAUGUAAAUUAGUUAAACUCAGGGUGGGAUUUUUUUGUUGUUGUUGUUUUGGGUGGGGGGCAGCCCAAUGGAGAGGGUGGGAGUGUGGGGGUAAAGACUGCCACGUAAUGAAAGUAUUUCUACAUAUAUACGUAUAUAUGUGCACACACAGGACUGGAUGGAAUUUUCUUUUUCCUUUUUUCCCCCCUCAACCUUUUAAUGGAAUUUGACUGUUUGCUCCCUUGAUUGCACUUUAUGGAGUAAUCGGUUCUUCUGUGUGGAUUUUCUGCCAUUUGGGUGAGUGGGUGAAGGCAUAUCUUUUCCAUGAAAGUAAGAUGUGUGUGUAUAUAUUUUUCCAUCACUCCAGUCUUUAACAUCUUGUAAGAAACACUGGGAGGUUUUUGUUUUUUUUUUCCUCUUGCCAUCACUUGUCUGCCUGUCAGAGCUUUUUACUUUUAACCUGUGAUAGAAUUAAAUAAUCAGACACUGAAAUUGACUUUAUUUGAAAUCACUCUUUCCUCUUUCUUUCUUUUUUUUUUAAGUCAGUUAAAUGGAGUGAGAGGGGUUUUCAAUAGCUCGAGUGGCUGUGCUGUGUGUACACUUUGUGAUAUUCAAUUAAGUCUAAGAGGGGACGACAACAACCACCAAAAGAUGGGAAAGUAUUUUGCAUGACCAAAGAAUAUGUGCACUUUAAACUGGUUCUUGUUGUUGGUACAUUUUCCCCCAUGCCAUGGGUUUCUCUUGAAAAGAGUGAAAGCAGGAAAGAGGAAUCAAAGAGAUGAGAGGGUCAAAGCUGCCAGGCGUCUGUAGUGUGGCCCUGGCCAGUGCUUUCUCAUAACACAAAUGAGAAUACUGGGAAGGGACUUCAGGACCAGAGGCGCGACAUGCACUUCUGCCUGGGCUCUGCUGACUCUAGGACUAAACACACACUACACUUGCAGGAUGGGAAGGAUUUGAUUGGAUUUUGCAUUUGGAACUUGUUGACUUUGAAGCGAUCAAUAAGAAGACUGUUUAUUUUAGAUGCAAAUAAUUUGCCCUGAGAAAUGUUUUAAGGAGGAGAGAGAGCACAGCUUUUUUUUUUUUCUUCUUUUCCCCUGGAGCUGUUGGAGCGAAUGGGAUUGCCAGAUGGGCGAUUUCCCUCUGUGAUGUUAAAGCUGUAAUAUAUAUUCAGAGCAGAUUGGGCUGCUGCCUGUGAUCAGGAGGAUAUUACAUUUAUAAAUUUUAAAUCGGACCUCGGACAAUGUGCUGAGAGCAGAAAUUGGGUGGUUUGACUGUUCACCGUAUUGAUACUUAAACCUGGUUUCUGGACAGUAGUAAUACUCAUUAUUGCAAUAGUCAGUAAAAACACGCACAGGCAACAGUACCAUCGGAGGCAUGGAACAGUACAUUUAAGUAUGUAAAUUGCUCCUAGACUAGCUUUUGCUUGCUAUUAAGUAAUACUCACGUGAUUUCUUUCUCUGUGUCUAAAUGCUGGAGGUGCAAAUGAUGUUUAGAAGUCUUGUUAUCACUCACUGGAAUCUGAUUGUGUGUGUGUGUGUGUGUGUGUGUGUACAUAUACAUGUAUGUGUCUAGAAAGUAGAUACAUGUGUGUAUAUGCAUUAAAGGGUACUAGUGGUUUCUAUUUUUCUCUCACUUUGACUGUUUUUUAGAUUUUUUUUCUUUUUUUUUCUUUUAUCUCAAAUGUGUGGCCUGAAGGAAUCAGAGCCAGAAACCUAAGAGACUACAAAGUGGGCAAGUGGCCACACUCGGUACCUCUGCUGCUGCAAAUUAAAAGUGUGUUGUGGUCAGGAAAUGAAAGCUACAAUGUCUCUUUUGAACAAGUCGUUUAUCAAGAGAAACAUCUAUCAGGGACUGCCUUGUCACAUUGAUCCUCUAAAAGUUAGGUCCGAGGUGGAAGCUGCUUUGAUGUUUUUGAUCCUAAAUUUAAUACAAGAGGGGAGGAGGGGAAGAUAUUUUGAGCAAUAUAGAUUAAAAAAAAAUGUUUCCUGGAACCAACAAGAUCUAAUUGUUAGUAUGUUAGUGCUGGACUGUGUGUGAAGUUUUCCAGCCAUCACAGUCAGUGAAGGUUUCAGAGGGAAAUCUCAGGCUUUAUAAAUUGUUCAAUUAUGCAUUUAUGAUGUCUUCAGUUAUGGGUAGCUUCUUGAUUGAUAUGGGCAUUUUGAAAAGAGAGUGUUUGCAAGGAAAAUUAUUUUGAAACAGUGUUGGGAAUAAUAUUGAGAGUCAGCAGUUUUCAUUCAUUUAAAUGUUGAGUUCUUUCUUCUCUUUUAUUCUUAUGGUUUCUGGUUUUCAUUGUAAUCAUGAAAAAUUAACUUUUAUUUGGUAAAACACUCAAUUUUUUUUCCUUUUAAACUCUGUGCCCAAAUGUGCUCGAAUGUAACGUUGCUAUUGUGUGUCAAUUUUGCAUGUGGUUGCUUAUCAAUAUAAACUACACAGACUUAUGAGUCCUUUGGAGUCUCAGUUUGAAAAUAGGGCUAGCACAUUAAAUGUGACACAUUUUUAUGAAUGCAUUAUACAAAAUUUAAAAAGAUUGUUAAAACAAUGACCUGUUUCUUUCCAAAUUAUUUUCUGUAAAGGCAGCCAAAGCAGUUUUCUUUAUGUUUGGAAGCAAAGAUAGAAAAGUGUUCCUUGGAAAUAGAGUUUUUGGAUACCUGCUCUAUAGUGCUGGAGGCCACUUGCUCCUUCAUGUACGAUAUUAAAUAAGCCAGCCAGAGUGUGCUGGGAGUUUUCAGGAGUGCAAUUCUUGCUAAUUAAUCAUGUCUGAAAUGAAAGAAUCAUAGCAGGGCAAUGCAAUCUCAUUGUUUUCCUGGAAGAGGGUGAGACUUCUGUUUGGAAGCUGUGCAUGUGAGUAGACUUGUUUUGCUUUUCUCCUACACAGAGUUUAUAGGGGGCCUUUGGAAUUACUUUAAGAAACACUAAAAUGUCUGUGAGGCCCUUAAAACAGCGUCUGAUUUCUUCUGAGUACAAACAAUCUUAAUCAGCCUCUCUCUCUCUCUCUCUCUCUCUCUCUCUCUCUCUCUCUCUCUCUCUCUCUCAUAUUUAAGACACCUGCAGUUCAGCUUCCAGCAGAAAAUCAUUUUUUGUUGUUGCUGAUUUUACUUUGGGCAGCAUUUUGUGGGCUGUUGCUUCUGAAGGACAUGCAAGAGAGUAGAAAUUUCAUUAAUUAUCUUCAGCUAAUGCAAGCAUGUGGUCAGAGCGCAGAGAGCCGCAGCUUCUGAGUCCACAGAGACGGUCCGCACCACUAUCUGCUCUUCUCACUUAGUUUGAAAAUUCAGCAUCCUGGAAGAAGUGCAUCAUUUCCUCAUUGGUAAAUCGUUUCGUCCCCCGACCUCCAGGGUGUCAUACGUUAGAUGUUACUUACUUGCCCGGGUUAUGUAGAGAGGUGGAUGCAGAAAGUUUGCAAUGAUUGUCAUUUCCAGGUGAAGGUGGGCUCUGAAGUCCCCUGUUUCUGUCAGUGUUUUUGGAUGCCUAAUGAUUGCCUAAUUAAGUAAUCAGCUCUAAUCGUUCCAAAUCAGCAGAACUAUUAGGUGUAUUUGAAACAAUAGCAGGCCUUUUGUUUGGAACUUUGUGUUUGUGCUCAGAGCUUUGCUUUAACAGGGGUGUCUGCAACUCCUACCUUUGAUCCAUAAACUCUCCUGUCUGAAUUUUGUAUGCCAGCCUCUCGAGUGCCACAGGCAUUGUUGUAAAGAUAAUGCAUUUAAUGACUAAGACUUUAAAUCGAUUUAUACAUUUUUGAUAGCAACAAUUGCUGCAGACUUUUGCAGAGAGAUUGACGGUGGCUGGUUGGAGGUUUUCUUAAUCACCGUAUCAGCUUUUUGUUUGAGGUAUUGAUAAAUUAGGAUAAGCAGAUGGAACGAGGAGGAUGCAAUUAAAAAUGUUGCAUGAUUUCUUUAUUUAGAGAUUUCUAGAAGCUGACGUGCCAUUGUCAUUUGAGCUGAGACAUUUUCUGUCAGAUACCACUGGAAAUACUGCAGCCCCAAAACUGAUAGCAUAGCAACCACAGGUACAUACUCACCCGCCCACCCCCAGCCCCACGGAAAGUCUUAUUGGAAAGAAUACAAAUCAGUGGCAUCCUUGGCAAAUAUUUCUAUGGUUGGAAUUUCAUCCCAGUCUCCCUUUUUGUAUACAUAGAUCUUUUUUUCCCUUUACAUUCUGGUAGAGAAUUCAACCACAGACCCCUUGACCGGAGUGCUGAUUGCUAAUUCUUAAUUUUGCUGUUGAUCUUAAAUGAUUGUAAGUGGUUUACUAAAAGGAAUGCACAAAUUGGGAGUAGAAAAGAAGUGGAAAAAAGGACUUGGCAGAGCACUGGGAAAAUGGAUGGUGCGGGGAGGUGGAAGGCAAAUGGUAAGCAGGUGGGAACGCCAGGGCCUUUAGGACAGGACCACAGGUGCCUGCUCAGCCCGGGCAGGCCCCUAGGAUACCUGUUGAUUAAUGUUCUUUUGAGAUUGAGGAGGCAGGAAAGAUAGAUGAUCCGCAGCCAUCAAAACACUGGAUAUCAUCUGGCACUUUCUGUUAGUAAUAUUUACAUAUUUUAUGCAACAAAUCUGCUUGUUGUCCUGUUAUUUGAAUAUUGACACUUUGUUUCUCGUUGCAUAUGGUUGAGUCUUGGUGGAGAGCAUCUCCAAGGCACCAGGAAGAGGAUUUCCUUUCACAGGGACUCAUGUUACGCGACGUAUAAAUGGAUGUGUUUGCUCAUGCUGUAACAUUUGUGCUGUCGCUCCUUCAAAUCAUAUUUUUAAGCUGACACAGCUUUAGAGUACAUUGCACGAUUUAUUCUACGAAGGCCCAAAACUAACCUGUCUUUUCCAUUUCUAACUCAUUUAUUUAUUAUUUAAUAUUUAUUUAUUUAGGUUUGAAAAAGACCCUUUUUAAGAAAAAAAAUUAAGUAAUCAAAAAAAUUGAUUCUUAUCAAGAGUUUGCCUUUAUUUCAUAAGCUGAAUAGCUUUUAUUGAGAAUUAUUAAUGAUAUAUAAUUUGCUAGUAUAUCAUUUACAAAUAAGGAUUUUUGAUGCAGAAUACAAAAUUUAAAGCACGCCUAAAAUGAUAUCCCCUGCCCCCAGUAUCUUAAUAUUGAAAAUGCUUUUCUCAGUUUUUUUUCCCUGUAUGGAUUUUGGUCUCUGCUAUUGAUUUACGUAUUUGUCACAGUGGUUUGUAGAUAUGUUGCUGGUAAGGGAGCAGAAUGUGCGUUUUAUUUUUCCCACAGAAGCCCUUCUUGUGGAAUCAACUGAUACUCGACUUACAUACACUGAUGCUGUAAAAAUCACAGACAGUUGAAUGUGGUGCACGUGCGAUUGUUACUCUUCCUGGAAUGAGGGGACCUGUGCUUUUCCUUGUGCAUUGGCUUUAGAGGAAAUAUUGUGAACGGAAACAGUAACGUGCAAUUAGAUCUGAAAGGCAGUGCAGUGUGAAGUCGUGGCUUUCUGUGUAUUUCAGGAAACUUUCUGUUAUUCUUUUGACUUUUUUUUUCAUCUAGAAAUGCUGUGACCUUCAGCUAGGACCAUCUACCUCAUUUAUAAGGCCCAGCAUACAAUCAGAAUGUGAGAUAGCUUAUUUUAAAAUUAUGUAUAAUUUCAGGACACCCACAGCAGAGCAUUUUAGCAAGUGCAAAACCCCUUCUGUUGGGGGUCCUUGUGCCUGCCGAGGUCACAGGGCAAUGAGGGUACGCUUGGCUUUUACUGUCUACAAAGUAUACUAAGAGACAGUUUUGGGGAAAUCACUGGUUUUAUGGGUGAAGACCGGUUAUUCCAUUUAUCUGAUUUGACUCAGGUAAAGGACACUAAUGGGAGCUGUUAAAGAGAACAGAUAAAAUAAUAGGUCUUUAGGACUUCUGUUUUUUUUUUUUUCCCACUGAACAAUAUAUUUGCUUUCGUCUCAUGUUGUCAUGUACCUGUUAUAUCACGUGAAUGUUCAUGUUAACAGAAACUUGAUGUUUUUAAUUACAUGUAUAUGGGCACAUAGUUAAGAAAGUAUAACCCAAACAUAGAGGAAUUAUUUCAGUGGGACUUGUCUUAAGAGACUGGAUGGUCUCUUGGUCUCUUUGUACCACCUCUACCCUUUCCUAAGGUCAAGCAGUCUAAAGUUAUUUAAAUAUAUAGAAAAUCCUGACCAUUAAAAAUAAUAAAAGCACAGCUCGUUGAGUGACAGUCAGGGAAGAGGGACAAACACAAAAAUAAUCACCUUAUUAUGUUAGUAUCAGUAUUGGUAUUUAGACAUGAGGAAGUGGCAUUGUAACCACAUAACUGAACUGAUAGAAAUGUUAAAGGGGCAAGCAACUCUUUCCUGCAGGAGUCCUAGUCCUGAGGUGUAUCCUAUCCCAUUCGAAUUGUGAAUUUACUCUUCCGACAGGCAUUGUAAUAUUCGAUCUCCCUCUGACCUGUGGUCAGUCGGCAUGGCUGCUUUUCUACUUUGGUUUGUUCAUUCUCUGCCGAUGGGUCAAGCAAACAUUGAAAAUCUUGUUUCCCAAUGCAGGGCUCAAUAAAAGGAGUUUCGUAUUGAGAUGCCCCCAAACUACGUCUUGAAGCCUUAUAGCUUUUCACAUGAAGACUGAGGCCUGAUGGAAGGCCCAGCAAGUGCGGAGCUGAGAGCACUUGAAGUUGGGCCAUUUAUUUUCAAAAGGUAGCUCUUACAUCAGAUCACUGCCAGAAAGGAGAUAUCAAAGAGCCGGGGAAAAGUCACUCUUCUUUUAUGUAACCCAAGACUGGGGUGGAGAAGGGGGUCUUUAAAGAUAUUUUAGAGGAAGGAAAAAAAUGGAACUUAUUUUGAAUACCUUGGUAGACUUUGUCGUAAUACUAUAGAGUCCUGGGAAGACACGCCUUGAUUCUGAGUAAUAAUGAGGAGUUGGUCUUUUGGUAUAUACUCCAAUGAAAAGAGGAAGAGAAAGAAGUAUUUUAACCCACACUUUAGCGAUCUUCUACAUGAAGGACAGUGGAAAAGUGGCAGGUGGUAGCACGUAUCAACCCCUACUUCUCAAUGUUCCAUGUUUGGUCUACAGUUUCUGUAACACAAUUGCAACUCGGCUGCUUAUUUAUUCUUUUUAAUCUCACUCCUAUCUUUUAUUGCAUGCUCGUAUGAAAUGUCUGGCUUCAAUAAUGAGUGAGGCUCAAAUCUGUUGAAAUACAUAGUGCUCUGGUAGGCUGCCGUGACUGUGAUAGCUUCUGGGCUGCUACAGUAGUCCAUUCUAUUUUGCCCUCUUCAAAUUGAAGCAAAGAAUAAACACUUUCUCUCAGAUCAUAUACCUCAAUGAAGCUAAAUUGUAAAUCUUAAUUAGGUAUGAUUCACUGAUUUUAAUCUAACCGGAUAAUUAUUGUGAGUAGGAUAAAAAAAAAGAUUGCCUUAAUAUUGAAGCCAUUUUCAUUUUAAUCCCUGUUUUAAGAUGAAACAAAUACUGUUAAAUAAACAGGCUACUAUUAUCCUUUUAUGCUUACCAGUUAAUACUUUUGAAUAGGACUGUGUGGCUGGAGGAGUGAGGCAUUGAAAGAACAGACUGACUGUUUGCAAACUUUGAAUGUUUUUUUUUUUUUUGAUAAAUUUCACUGCUAGGUAUGACAGGCAUCUUAAGGAAUCUUUUAAAAUAAGAACUGCAGGUUUGCUUAUCUACAUGGGAUAUCCUCUUGUUCAUGUGCACAGACACAUCUCUGUGUAAAGCUAUUGACGUCAUAGAUGUUUUGGGUAUUUUUAUGAGUAAUUAGGUUAACGGGGUUAGUUAGAAAAUGUAUCCUUUCCUGGAAAAUGAAAAAUUACAUUCAGGCAGAGGUAAAGGAGUAGAGCAUAUUCAUGACUGUAAGUACUUAAAAUGAUAUUUUAUGACUCGUUUUUUAAAGAAUAAUACCCAAUAUGUAACUUGUUAAGAAUAAUAGCCGCAUUUAGCUUUUAUAGCAUGUCUGUGUUAAAUCUGACUCUUCUGUUCUUGAAUCCCAGACCUGGAGUCAAUUUUAGAUCCUCCUUACAAAAGAUGUGUGUCUUACGCCCUGGCCCCCACCAUCAGUCUGAGUCUCAGCGUUUUAUAAAGGAGAUUUCGUUCUUGUUGCUCAGGUGAUCAGAAAGUGCUGGGGAGGGAGAACCAAGUGCAGACAAUUGGGACCUCAAAUGGCCCAGUUCUCACAAACUGGAAAAAAAAAGAUGAGCAGUUUUGGAAUUUUAUAUGCUCAUAUAACUAAAGUUUUUUCUGCCUUCAGAAAUAUUUUAAGUGCACUGUGAAUACUAUUAAGUUCCUUAAUUAAAAAAUAUGCUUUGAAAUCAACCAAUUAUUGAUAGAAACUUACUUAUAUCUGCUGAGAGAGCAGACCCUUCAGAAAUAGAUUUAGUGUCUCAUUAAAAGGACAUUCUUGUGCAUGUGCAGAAUCUCGUGAGUUUUUAAGUUAUGGCUAUGUCAUCCCUAUUGAUAACAUUUAAACAUGAGACUGUUAGGAAAUCUAAUAACAGGAGUUCUUUGUUCUGUUUUGAUCUUUAAUGUAUUACUUCAUGAGCACAGACACCAAAUAAAUGCUUUCCUUCUUUUCUUCCUCUCUUUAUUUCAUUUUGUUUUAGCAUCAAAGUAAAACUUUUUUUUAAUGGGUGGAUGGUUUUAUAUUACUUAAUUUUAAAGAUACAAAGGGAAUCUAGUCUUAGGUGUGAUAUGGACUUAGGCGUAAGAAUGGAUAAAACCCUACAGUUUUACAAAACCUCUUAUUAUUUCUCUGAAAUUUCAUUACCAAACUCCUGCCACCAUGUGCUCCCCUGGGAGUUGUUGAGAUGGGUGUGUUGAAAGCACAUGCAUUUGCACCUAAAUACACGUGGAUAAACAUCCCUCUAUACUUUUUUUUGACAAGCAACUCUGCAGUCACUCUCUACUUCCUUACAGGCCAAAGUGCUUCGGCCCAUUUUGCACUGUGCAUAUUGCAUACUCUCCAGGACCCUAGCUACCUCAGCAAGCCUCCUACUGCUGAGCGAUAAUCAUACUGUCUACCUGUGUGUAUGCACCGUGGUGAGACCUGCAUUCUUUACAAACUUAUCCGCAAGGCUGAUUAUUACUUGGUCAUCUGGAAAAUCAAAUUUCCCUUCAUCCACUAGUAUAUGGAUAUUUAGAUUAUGAGGAGGUAGUCUGAAUAAAUUGACUGGGUGUAGGUUAUGGGUUUCGGGGAGGAUAAAGCUGCCUUUCUGGUUGUGGACAAACUAUCCGUGAUGAAUGGCAACUGGUAGAAAAGGGGGCACAGGCAAAAGUAAAAAGGGAGGAAAGAAUGUUGAGGCAAAGUUUAGGGUCCUUUCCCAUGUGUUUUUCCUGAAAACAGUGUUGAUAAUUAUGCUGAUCCAAUUCUAAUAUAAUUAUAUGCAAAAUGGGCACUUACUAGGAAUUAAUGAUCACUGUGCUGUAAUCUAAGCAAAUUAUAAUUUCCUGUUAGGAAGUGAUAGGUUCUUUAUCCCAUUCUGAAUAGUAGAACUUGUAACUAUUUACAUGAAAAAAAAAUAUCUAUUUCCAGUUUACCUGCACAUAAGUUGAAAAUGUAUAAAGGCGUAUGUGCCUUUAGUGGGGGCUAAUUUUAUUCUCAGAAUCUUUUUUUCUUUUUCUUUUUUCUUUUUCUUUCUUUUUCUUUUGCCACUGAUAACUUCCAUUUGCUUAGGCCAUGGUUAAAGUUAUAGAAAAUGAUUCACUGACAUAUAUCUCUUGUAUUGAUUCUUUGGGAAUGUCACACAUUUUAUUACCAUACGGUUCUGGUCCUUGAAAUAUAUAGGCAUGUUUAAAUUUGUAAAAUUUGAUAUUUUUUUCUAAUGUAUUAUCAUCAUUAGUCAGCAACAAAGUUCCCACACAAGGACCUGGCAUGGUGACGUGUGCCGUAAUUUCGGUGGGGAUUCCAAGUCAGAGACCACCCCAGAGUACAUAGCAAUUCUGCCUCAGGAUGAUGAUGGGGUUACACAGAAAAAGGAAGAAGAGAAAGAAAGAAUUCUUCUCACAAACCUCACAUAUUCAUAAGCCCCACUUCAAACUAGUUAUGUGGGUGGCUUUUCGGUUUGUUUGUUUGGGUGGGGGGCAGGCGUCAUGAAGUGGAAGUAACAUAACCUUUUUUGGCUCCCAAAGUGAUUUCAAAGGUAGAAUUAGUUAUGUCAGUCACUUUUACACACCAAGGGAUUUAUACAUCCCGUGAACCCAUAAAAUCAUCACUUUCUUUAGAAGAGCUUUUUAUUUACAGGCAUAAGUUAUUAUUCAGAAUUGAGUAUAUUAAUGACAUUCACUAGAAGGAGCGAACAACUUUCGUUGUGUCCACUAAGAGGAGAGAACAGUCUACCUCAGAGGGCCUUCAGAGUUGACGAUGAAGAGAAAACAUGGCGGCAGAGGCCCCCAGCCUCUGGCAUUGGUUGCCUAGGCAAGUCUUCCAACUCUGCUCACCCUCAAUUCUCUUUGUCCUAAUGGGAGAUGGAAUUCCAUAACAACUAAAGAACAAUACAGGGCUUCUUCUCCAUUUGCUAGUGAGCUUGGGUAGCCCUGAAUCACGAUAAGGACUCCAUUUCUCUCCAUGAAACACAGGACCUUGUCUUAGAAACAGUGAAGUGAAGGACCAUUUAUUUCCUGGUUGAGCCUUUCAUAGUGUUUAUUUACUAAAUAUAGUUACUAAUUGGUCGCAAGCUAAAGUGUGAGAUACUCCAGUAUGUUGGGAGACAAUAAGUAUUAAUGAGGUAAUGCAUUUCCUCUGUAAGAAAUUGAAAGUCAGAUGGACUUAUUCAGUGGCCAUAGGAACCAUAAAUCUUCUAAAAUAUAUAUGAAUUAGAUCAGACUGAAAGUUAUAUUUUCAUGAAAUGAUGGCUACUCUCAGUGUGUAUCAUUCACCAACUUUGCUUAGGACAGAUUUUGACACUUCGUUUUCCUUAAACGCACUAAAAAUGUUUUGCAUGGAUUUGGUGAUCUGGCUCAGUUGGUAAAGUGCUUGCAAAGAAGGCCUGGGGACCUGGGUUCAGAUUCCUAGCAUCUGUGGGAAAGCCUGAUUUGGUAGUUUUCACCUAUCCUUAUGCCAGGGAGGGGCAAGAGAGUUGCCUGGUUUACUGGUCAGCAGUCUUAAAUGAAUCAGGAAGUGUCAGUUCCAAUGAAAGACACUUUUUCAAAAAAAAUUAAUAAAGAGGGGACAAUUGAAAAGGAUACUUAAUGUCUAUAUAUGGCCUCCAGCACAGAUGAUCCCCAUCACCUCCCCCUCAACACACACACACACACACACACACACACAAUUUCCUUUGAUCAUUAACAUCAUCUUUUCACACUGAGUAUCACUGCGCACUAUUUUUCCCCAUUAGGGAACUCUACAUUCUUAUAAGCAGACACAUCGGAUUCAUUUUUAAUUUCCUUAGCAUGCAUACAUGGGACAUGAACUGUAUAGGUGUCCGGAAAACCUCUGGUGAUUUGAACUUAUCAAAGCAAUGGAUACUGACAUUUUGUUACUCGUUCACUGAUCUUUUAAAAACUGCUUAAGAUGUUAGAUAAAAAUUGGUGAAAAGUAUUGAAAUUGUGUACUUUGACUGAAGCAAUAGCAUUUCUUUUUAUUUAUUUUCACAUCAGUGUACAGAGUCAUGUGUCACGUAGGAUAGUUUUUGUCUGCAUCCUUUUCCUUGGCUUCAGUUUCUUAGCCAAAAGUCAUAUUUUUUUUCUUGUGUUCACUACAUACCACGAAAUUACCAAACAGAGGAAACAUAACCCCGAAAAUAGUUCUGUAAUAACACCCGUGAAGAGAAGCUUACAAUCGUUUUUUAUGUUGCUGGGGAGGAAGAGUUUAAAUUAAUCCCAUUAGAGCCACACCCUGGUGCUACCCUUAAAACCCCCCAAAACAGAGUUCUCUUCACUACUUUGAUUAAAGGCUAGUAGCAUCUUUCCCUUUUUAACACUUUUUUUUUUCUUGUGAAUUUGGAGUCAGAAAAUUUGAGGAAGCAGAGCUAUAAAGUAUUAGAAUUCAGGACUUCCUACAAGCUUUUUGCCACCCUAGGACUGGUUGACUAUCCAGCCUUUGGUUGAGCAAAGGAAAUUAUCAACACCUUAGAUGCCUGUUUCUAGUUUCGCUCUCCUCUGGUUAGUGUACUGUAUAGAUUUGUACCCCGUAUUCAGAGCACAGUGCUGUGGGGAUAUGACAGUACUUGGGGUGCUGAGGCAUGGGACACUAACUCGCUGACCUCCUCUUGGAUGCUGAUUUAACUUGCAGCAAAUCUGUAGUUUGUAAAUGUCUUUGGUUAACAUUUUCAUUGGCGCUGUUUUGUUCUGUUUAGUGUCUGACAGUAUUAAUUUAUUUUGCACUAAACACUGGGCUGCAAAGAAUUUAGCUGCAAGUCCACCCAUUGACCUCACUCUUCCAGUGCCUCAGAGGCUUCAGCAGUCGCAUGUGUGUCUGGGGUCAGCUUCCUUCCAAAUCUACCCUAGUCUCACAGCAAAUGAAGUUACAAAAUUUUCUAAGAGAAUUUCAACCUAACCGAAUACUGAAAUUGUAACGGAUCACUUCUUAAACAAAAAACAAAAGGCGUACUAGAGAGAAGCACUUGUUCACCUUGCUUCAGAAAAGAGCCCAUUAAAAGAAAAGAACAAAAUCUACUUUACUGUCAUCCUUUGAAAUACACAUCUUUAAAAGAAGCCUGUACCUUUUUCUGAAAACUCACUCCAUCUCUUCUAACUUGGGCUUUUCGGGGAUGAGGAGUUCCAGAUGCUAGCUUAAGACUUCAUGUUGGAAUCUGGAGGGGGUCUCGUAUACUCUAGGUGGAAGAAAAUGUCUGCAGGGUGGCUGCUGAACCUGGAUUGUUAUAAAGAAGUGGCUGAGUGACAGAGGACAAAUGUUGCUUCGUUAAUUGCAUGGCAAACACUGGACCUUCAGCAAAUGGCCCUUCCACUAAAGGACAGUACUUUAUUGGUAGAGUCAAAGAGACUGUGACGCAAUGUGAUCAAAGUAGCAGUACUGUUUCCACAGUUGGUCUGCCACAUGUGCUGCCUCCUUAACUCAGUUCUGCUGGCUUCGUGUAACCACUCAGUAAAUUUUAGGCAAGUUAGAACUUGCUAAAACAGACAUUCAAAUCUACCAGAUAUUAAAGAUUGCAUUGUAAAGACUUGUGAUGGUAACUGGAAAGGUUUAAAAGGUCUGGCUUCAGCUCCUGCUUGAUUUAUAAACAGGGAGUUGAGGGGUGUUAAAUGAAGUGAAUGAAGCAUCCACACAGAAUCUUUGCACCUAAAGGGCUGGUCAUUUUUCCUUUAGAGUUUUACUAGGGGGACAAUGAAAGAUGCUGUGGAGAGGGUCCUGUUAGAAGUUAAUGACCACAAAAUGUGAGCCAUAGCUCCAACUCACUGGUCAACGGCUUAUUUUAAUUUUGGCUGUGAGUCCAGCUAUUAACCUCUGUCUUCUAGUAGUUCAGGGGCUUUAUCAACUUGUAUUUUGGGGAGUCAUUUUCUUUCUCACAUAUUCUUACCACAAAUAACAUAAAACUUUAUAAUGUGAUUUUUUCCCCCUUAUACAGAGGUACCUGUGAGUAACUGAAAUUUUAGUGAGGUUUAGACAUGGAAAUGUUGAAGAGUGUGAAACUGCAUUUGUUUUCAAGUCUGAAAAAAAUCAUAGUUUUCAUAUGAAUAUAACUGUGUGUGUGUCUGUGUGUGUCUGUGUGUGUGUGUCUGUGUGUGUGUUUGUGUGUGUGUCUGUGUGUGUUUGUGUGUGUGUCUGUGUGUGUGUUUGUGUGUGUGUUUGUGUGUGCGUGUCUGUGUGUGUUUAUGUGUCUGUGUGUGUCUGUGUGUGUGUUUGUGUGUCUGUGUGUGUGUCUGUGUGUGUGUGUCUGUCUGUGUGUGUGUCUGUCUGUGUGUGUG